UCCAUCCUGGGAAGCUAGCAAAAUCUGAGAUUAAGAACAUUUGCAACGUUAAAGUGCUUUAUUCAUAUCUGGGAGGGAGACUGCUCUUGUGACGAUGAUCUUGUGGUUCAAGCAGGAGAUCUGGAUUCUAAUCCCAGCUCUGCCACAGAUUUACCAUGUGGCCUUGGGAGGGUAUUGAUCAUGACUUCCACAAAGGAGCAGGCAGCCAUCAGCAGACUGAUGGGGUUCUUGCAGGAAUGGGACAAUGCUAGCAAAGCUGCUCGAAGCCACAUGCUGGAUAAUUUCAUUAAGGCAAAUCAAGGAAAGACAGGGCCAGAGUUGGAGCUGGAAUUCUCACAGGGAGCCAGCUUGUUUCUGGCCCGCCUAACAUCAUGGCUGAGGCUGACCUACAUGUAUGGAAUAUACCUAGAUCAGCAGCUAAAGUCCAUUGGCAUCUUUCUGUCAGCUGCAAGUAGCCACAGGUAUCUUAUUGAAUUUCUGGAGGUUGGAGGUGUCCUGACUCUCCUGGAAAUACUAGGGCUGAAGCAACUGAAGGAAGAGGACAAAAGGGAGUCGAUAAAGCUGCUCCAACUCGUAGCAAACACUGGCAGGAAGUAUAAGGAGCUCAUCUGUGAAAGUUAUGGUGUGAGAUCAAUAGCUGAGUUCUUGGCCAAUUCCAAGUCUGAAGAGACUCAAGAACAAGUGCAAAUUCUGUUGGAUUCUUUAGGCCACGGCAAUCCCAAGUAUCAGAACCAAGUAUACAAAGGCCUGAUUGCUUUGCUGCCAUGCACAUCCCCCAAAGCCCAACAGCUGUCUCUGCAGACACUCAGAACUGUGCAGGCGAUCGUGGGAGCAGCCCAUCCCGGCAUUGUGGACGCUGUGCUGGGCGUGCUCAGCUCAAUGCACUUGGAAGUUCAGUAUGAAGCCAUUCAGCUGAUAAAGGAUCUCAUGGCCUAUGAAGUCCGGCCAGUGCUGCUGAAGGGUCUGGUUGAAUUACUUAAACCACCGGGGAAAGAGACUGCUAAAGUGAAAGGCAAAGCCCCGGAAGACCCAGCCACACUCCAUCUUCCGGAGCCUUUGUCGGUGUAUAUACAGCAAGCCGCUGCAGCAAAAACCAUCGGCGUUCUAGCCAAGGACUCCACCAAACUGGCCGAAGAGAUGAUCCAGCUGAGAGUGGUGCACGGCCUUAUGUGUGCUAUGGGGAACCAGGAUCACACCACCUGCCAGAGACAGGCCAGCAUCACUCUAGAGUAUUUUGUCCGGACAUUUCCCAUUGUGGAGCAGCAUGUGAGGAAGGCAACAGGAGAGACUCUGUUCCAGCUUUUUAUGAGAGAUGCCAAGACCUUGUACAUGAACAUGGAUGCAAUACAGGUUGAUAUUCUGGCAUCGAAUAAAGUGAACAUCCCAGGAAGUUUAGCAAGCCCAGAAAGGAUGCCGCCCAUGGAAGAGGAAGGAAGCACGGACUGAAAACUUCAAACAACAGAAUGAGGUCAGCUCCUCUGCCUCGCCUCUUUCCCCUCUUCCAUGCCCUCUGCCUCCCUCUUGGGCCAUGCCCGUCUCUAGAGCCCUGCAAAUCUGCUUUAUGUCUGCAUCUUUGGACCAUUUCUGUGGAUAGCAGCGUGGAUGCAGAUACAAGUUUUGUAUCCAUGCAGGGCUCUGAUGUUAAGAGCUGGGUGGGCAGCUGUGAAAAACUGCAGCACAGAUCCUCCACCUGCCCUGGGUGGGGGGCUGGGACACUGGGCAGGGGGUAGGGAUGCUGGGCAAGGAAGCUGUGGGGCGGAGACACAGGCCAGAGGCUGCUUGGGCCCUCCACCCAAGGCAGGUGGAGGGCCUGCUGCAGCUCCUCACAGCUACCAGCGUUGCUCUCCCUGACCUGGCUCUGGCCGGUGGGGGCGGCUCUGAGCCACAGCAAGAGCUGGGUGGGCAGCUGUGGAGAGCCACAGAGGACCCUCCACCUGCCCUAGGUGUGGAGCCAAGCAGCCCCCUGCCCAGUGUCCCGGCCACUCGCCCAGGAUCAGUGUCAAAUUGUAAUACAUUUCAAAAGAAACUGGAAGUCUUUUUGCGGAGUUUAAGAAAGUUUUUUAAAUUAUUUAGAUUUAAUUUUUUUUUUUAAUGUAAAAUGAGGGAUUUUUUUUGCUAUUUGUGUGAAACCAUCAAAUUAAGCCUAGGAAUGCUUUGGGCUCCCAUUAUGUUGGUGAGAAUAUUUUCCAGUGGGUACAUUGUCACAGAUAUUAAUCCUGCUUGUUGGUUCAACAUGUUUAUUUAGCACGAGUUACUUGCCAAUUCAAUGUUUAUAUAAUAAAGGCUUGUUGAAAAUAACUUU